AUGCAGGGCUUCCAGCAGUAUUUCGUCGCCAAGAUCAUCGACGUCAGCCCGCAUGUCACCAUGAAGGACGAGUACCGCGCGCCGCCGGCGCAGCCGGUCGAGCAAGCCUUCGGCGGCGGCGCCGUGCGCCUGGUCGGCGUUAAGCCGAAGGAGGAGCUGCGCGGGAUCAAGAACGGGCUGGCCAAGGUCGCCGAGCUGGAGCGGCUGCAGGGGGUCGCGGUGGCGCCGAUGCUGACCGGGCAGGUGAUCCUGCGCUACGGCUCGCGCGACGUCUCCGCCCAGAUCCAGGGCAUCGAGCCGGCGCGCGAGCGCCGCGUGUCCAACCUGGAGCGCGACAUGACGGCUGGCGCGCUCGACGACCUCUUCACCACCGCCAACGGGGUGAUCCUGGGUGCCGGCCUGGCCGAGAAGCUGGGCGCCGAGCCGGGCGACAGCGUCACCGCGCUGUCGACGGCGGGGGUGGUGCUGAAGAUGAAGGUGGUCGGCCUCUACGCCACCGGCAUCACCGAGAUGGACAAUGCCCAGGGCUAUGCUCUGCUGAAGAAGGUGCAGGUGCUGGAGGACCGGCCCAACGUGAUCAACCGGGUGCGCCUCAAGCUGGCCGAGGUCGACGGCGCCGAGCCGCUGGCCCGCCGCAUCGAGGCGCGCUACGGCUACCGCACGGAGUCCUGGGAGGAGGCCAACCAGAACGUCCUCGGCAUCUUCGUCAUCCAGAACGCCAUCAUGUACUCCACCACCGGCGCCAUCCUGGUGGUGGCCGCCUUCGGCAUCUUCAACAUCAUCUCCACGGUGGUGCUGGAGAAGGUGCGCGACAUCGCCAUCCUCAAGUCGCUCGGCUUCGAGUCCCGCGACGUCGAGCGGAUCUUCGUGGUGGAGGGGCUGCUGGUCGGGCUGGCCGGCAUGCUGCUCGGCUGGGCCCUGGGCUGGCUGCUGAUCGAGCUGCUGGCCCAGGUGCGCUUCACGAUCGAGGGUUUCGUCAAGUCGGAGGGCUUCAAGCUCGACCGCGGCUUCCUCAACUACGCCCUGGCCGGCGCGGCGGCGGUGACCGCGGCCACCCUGGCCGCCUACCUGCCGGCGCGCCGGGCCGCGCGGGUCGACCCGCCGUCUCCGGGUGGGUCGCCCGAUCCCUGCGCGGCGGCGAAGCCCGCGGCGGGACCGCUGCUGCGCGCCGAGCGGGUCACGCGGGUGCUCAGCGGCCCGCAGGCCGGGGCGGUGCCGGUCACCCUGGUCGAGGAGGUCGACCUGACCAUCGGACGCGGCGAGUUCGUGGCGAUCACCGGGCCCAGCGGCUCGGGCAAGUCCUCGCUGCUCUAUCUGCUCGGCCUGCUCGACCGGCCGAGCCGGGGCGAGGUCUACCUCGACGGCCAGCCGACCUGCGGGCUCAGCGACGCGCGGCGGGCUCGGCUGCGGCUGGAGAAGCUGGGCUUCGUGUUCCAGUUCCACUUCCUGCUGCCGGAGUUCGACGCCCUGCGCAACGUCACCCUGCCGCUGCGCAAGCUGGGCCGCCUCUCGGCCGCCGAGGUCGACGCGCGCGGCCGGCAACUGCUGGCCGAGCUCGGCCUGGAGGCGAGCGCGGGCAAGACGCCCGACCAGCUCUCCG